AGCCACCUGCAAAUACGGACCCUGGCACUGGCAACCAGCUGCGGCGCCGCCUUGAGCAUCCUCUGUAGCUUGCGCAGCAAAGCCAACUGCAAAAGGCAAGCGAAUAAACGCAAGGCCAGGACCCCCGCAGCAUUCCUCGAGCCCCUCGCCUUUGCAGCGGAUGCUAGUGCAGGACUAGCACGGAGCUGACUGAGCCUCCGUAGGUGAGGGGCCACGUCCCCGCUGGCCCAGACCGGCGCGAUCCGCAUGAUGCCACCCGCUGCCGGCGCCGCCACAGCUCCAGCCCCAGCACCGUGACUGCUCAACGCGGCGGUUACAGACUUUGGUUUUGUACUUGCCUUCCAAAGCUAACUUCAACAUGCUCAAAAGGAAACAAAGCUCCAGGGUGGAAGCUCAGCCAGUUACUGACUUUGGUCCUGAUGAAUCUCUGUCAGACAACGCUGACAUACUUUGGAUUAAUAAGCCAUGGGUACACUCUCUGCUUCGCAUCUGUGCCAUCAUCAGUGUCAUCUCAGUGUGCAUGAACACACCCAUGACCUUCGAGCACUAUCCUCCUCUUCAGUAUGUGACCUUCACCUUGGACACUUUAUUGAUGUUUCUCUAUACUGCAGAGAUGAUAGCAAAAAUGCACAUCCGGGGUAUUGUCAAGGGUGAUAGCUCCUAUGUGAAGGAUCGUUGGUGUGUUUUUGAUGGAUUCAUGGUCUUUUGCCUUUGGGUUUCCCUUGUGUUACAGGUGUUUGAAAUAGCUGACAUAGUUGAUCAGAUGUCACCUUGGGGCAUGCUGCGGAUCCCACGGCCACUCAUUAUGAUCCGGGCUUUCAGGAUUUAUUUCCGAUUUGAACUGCCAAGGACCAGAAUUACAAAUAUUUUAAAGCGGUCAGGAGAACAAAUUUGGAGUGUUUCAAUUUUCCUCCUUUUUUUCCUUCUUCUGUAUGGAAUUUUAGGAGUUCAAAUGUUUGGAACAUUUACUUACCACUGUGUUGUGAAUGACACAAAGCCGGGGAACGUAACCUGGAAUAGCUUAGCUAUCCCAGAUACACACUGCUCCCCAGAGCUAGAAGAAGGCUACCAGUGCCCCCCAGGAUUUAAAUGCAUGGACCUGGAAGACCUGGGACUUAGCAGGCAAGAGCUGGGCUACAGUGGCUUUAAUGAGAUAGGCACGAGUAUAUUCACAGUCUACGAGGCUUCAUCUCAGGAAGGCUGGGUGUUCCUCAUGUACAGAGCAAUCGACAGCUUCCCCCGCUGGCGUUCCUACUUCUACUUCAUCACUCUGAUUUUCUUCCUUGCCUGGCUUGUUAAGAAUGUGUUUAUUGCUGUCAUAAUUGAGACAUUUGCAGAAAUCAGAGUACAAUUUCAACAAAUGUGGGGAACUCGGAGCAGCACAACUUCCACUGCAACCACACAGAUGUUCCAUGAAGACGCUGCUGGUGGUUGGCAGCUGGUAGCUGUGGAUGUCAACAAGCCGCAGGGACGUGCCCCAGCCUGCCUACAGAAAAUGAUGCGGUCAUCUGUCUUCCACAUGUUUAUCCUGAGCAUGGUGACUGUGGACGUGAUAGUCGCAGCCAGCAACUACUACAAGGGAGAGAACUUCAGAAGGCAGUAUGAUGAAUUCUAUCUUGCGGAGGUAGCUUUUACAGUUCUUUUUGACCUGGAAGCACUUCUGAAGAUAUGGUGCUUGGGAUUUACUGGCUAUAUCAGCUCAUCUCUCCACAAGUUUGAACUACUGCUUGUUAUUGGAACCACCCUCCAUGUGUACCCAGAUCUUUAUCAUUCUCAGUUCACAUACUUCCAGGUUCUUCGGGUGGUCCGGCUUAUUAAGAUUUCACCUGCAUUGGAAGACUUUGUGUACAAGAUAUUUGGUCCUGGAAAAAAGCUUGGAAGCUUGGUGGUGUUCACUGCCAGCCUCUUGAUUGUUAUGUCAGCCAUUAGUUUGCAGAUGUUCUGCUUCGUUGAAGAACUGGACAGAUUCACCACAUUUCCAAGGGCAUUUAUGUCCAUGUUCCAGAUCCUGACCCAGGAAGGAUGGGUGGAUGUGAUGGAUCAGACUCUAAAUGCUGUAGGACAUAUGUGGGCACCAGUGGUUGCCAUCUAUUUCAUACUCUAUCAUCUUUUUGCAACUCUGAUCCUCCUGAGUUUGUUUGUUGCUGUUAUUUUGGACAACUUAGAACUUGAUGAAGAUCUAAAGAAGCUCAAACAAUUAAAGCAAAGCGAAGCAAAUGCGGACACCAAAGAAAAACUUCCUUUGCGCUUGAGAAUCUUUGAAAAAUUCCCAAACAGACCACAAAUGGUGAAAAUCUCAAAACUUCCUUCAGAUUUUACAGUUCCUAAGAUCAGGGAAAGCUUCAUGAAGCAGUUCAUUGACCGCCAGCAACAGGACACCUGCUGUCUCUUCAGAAUCCUCCCUUCUACCUCUUCCUCAUCAUCUGAUAAUCCCAAGCGGCCCACAGCUGAAGACAACAAAUACAUUGAUCAAAAACUCCGCAAGUCUGUUUUCAGCAUCAGGGCGAGGAACCUUCUGGAAAAGGAGACGGCAGUCACAAAAAUCUUAAGAGCUUGCACUCGACAGCGCAUGCUGAGUGGAUCAUUCGAGGGGCAGCCAGCAAAGGAGAGGUCAAUCCUUAGUGUGCAGCAUCACAUCCGCCAGGAGCGCAGGUCACUAAGACAUGGAUCCAACAGCCAGAGGAUCAGCAGGGGCAAAUCUCUUGAAACUUUAACUCAAGACCACUCAAAUACAGUGCGGUACAGAAAUGCACAAAGAGAAGACAGUGAAAUAAAGAUGAUCCAGGAGAAGAAGGAGCAAGCAGAGAUGAAAAGGAAAGUGCAAGAAGAGGAACUUCGAGAGAACCACCCAUACUUCGACAAGCCACUCUUCAUUGUGGGGCGGGAGCACAGAUUCAGAAACUUCUGCCGUGUGGUGGUCCGAGCACGCUUCAAUGCAUCGAAAACAGACCCUGUCACAGGAGCUGUGAAAAACACAAAGUACCACCAACUUUAUGAUUUGCUGGGACUGGUCACUUACCUGGACUGGGUCAUGAUCACCGUAACCAUCUGUUCUUGCAUUUCCAUGAUGUUUGAAUCCCCUUUCCGGAGAGUCAUGCAUGCACCCACUUUACAGAUUGCUGAGUAUGUGUUUGUGAUAUUCAUGAGCAUUGAGCUUAAUCUGAAGAUUAUGGCAGAUGGCUUGUUUUUCACUCCAACUGCUGUCAUCAGGGACUUUGGUGGUGUCAUGGAUAUAUUUAUCUAUCUCGUGAGUCUGAUAUUUCUUUGUUGGAUGCCUCAAAAUGUGCCUGCUGAAUCAGGAGCCCAACUUCUGAUGGUUCUUCGGUGCUUAAGACCUCUGCGAAUAUUCAAAUUGGUGCCCCAAAUGAGAAAAGUUGUUCGAGAACUUUUCAGUGGCUUCAAGGAAAUUUUUUUGGUCUCCAUUCUGUUGUUGACACUGAUGCUUGUUUUUGCAAGCUUUGGGGUUCAACUCUUUGCUGGAAAGCUAGCCAAGUGCAAUGAUCCCAACAUUAUCAGAAGGGAAGACUGUAAUGGCAUCUUCAGAAUUAAUGUAAGUGUGUCCAAGAACUUAAAUUUGAAAUUAAGACCAGGAGAGAAAAAGCCUGGAUUUUGGGUGCCCCGUGUUUGGGCAAAUCCUCGGAACUUUAACUUUGACAAUGUGGGAAAUGCCAUGCUAGCCUUGUUUGAAGUUCUGUCCUUGAAAGGCUGGGUAGAAGUGAGAGAUGUCAUUAUUCAUCGUGUGGGGCCGAUCCAUGGAAUCUAUAUCCAUGUUUUCGUGUUCCUGGGUUGCAUGAUUGGACUGACACUUUUUGUUGGUGUAGUUAUUGCUAACUUCAAUGAAAACAAGGGGACGGCUUUGCUGACGGUAGAUCAGAGAAGAUGGGAAGAUCUCAAGAGCAGACUGAAGAUCGCACAGCCUCUUCAUCUCCCACCUCGGCCCGAUAAUGAUGGUUUUAGAGCUAAAAUGUAUGACAUAACCCAGCAUCCGUUUUUUAAGAGGACCAUCGCAUUGCUGGUUCUGGCACAGUCUGUGUUGCUAUCUGUCAAGUGGGACGUCGAGGACCCCGUGACCGUUCCUUUGGCAACAAUGUCAGUUGUCUUCACCUUCAUCUUUGUCUUAGAGGUUACAAUGAAGAUUAUAGCAAUGUCACCAGCUGGGUUCUGGCAAAGCAGAAGAAACAGAUACGAUCUCUUGGUGACAUCUCUUGGUGUUGUGUGGGUGGUGCUUCACUUUGCUCUGCUGAAUGCAUACACCUACAUGAUGGGAGCCUGUGUGAUUGUCUUUAGAUUUUUCUCCAUCUGUGGAAAGCAUGUGACAUUAAAGAUGCUCCUUCUGACCGUGGUUGUCAGCAUGUACAAGAGCUUCUUUAUAAUCGUAGGAAUGUUCCUCUUGCUGCUGUGCUAUGCCUUUGCUGGGGUUGUUCUGUUUGGUACUGUGAAAUAUGGAGAGAACAUAAACAGGCAUGCUAAUUUUUCUUCAGCUGGCAAAGCCAUUACUGUAUUAUUCCGAAUCGUAACAGGGGAAGACUGGAACAAGAUUAUGCAUGAUUGUAUGGUUCAGCCUCCAUUUUGUACUCCAGAUGAAUUUACAUACUGGGCAACAGACUGUGGCAAUUACGCAGGGGCACUUAUGUACUUCUGCUCAUUCUAUGUCAUCAUCGCCUACAUCAUGCUGAAUCUGCUUGUAGCCAUAAUUGUGGAGAAUUUUUCCUUGUUUUAUUCCACUGAAGAGGACCAGCUUUUAAGUUACAAUGAUCUUCGCCAUUUUCAAAUCAUAUGGAACAUGGUGGAUGAUAAAAGAGAGGGUGUGAUCCCUACCUUCCGAGUGAAGUUCCUGUUAAGGUUGCUACGUGGAAGGCUGGAAGUGGAUCUUGACAAAGACAAGCUCCUAUUUAAGCACAUGUGCUAUGAGAUGGAGAGGCUACACAAUGGUGGUGAUGUCACUUUCCAUGAUGUCUUGAGCAUGCUCUCCUACCGCUCUGUGGACAUCAGGAAGAGCCUGCAGCUGGAGGAGCUGCUGGCAAGGGAGCAGCUGGAGUAUACCAUAGAGGAGGAGGUGGCUAAGCAGACCAUUCGCAUGUGGCUGAAGAAGUGCUUAAAACGCAUCAGGGCUAAACAGCAGCAGUCAUGCAGCAUCAUCCACAGCCUGAGAGAGAGCCAGCAGCAAGAGCUGAGUCGCUUCCUGAAUCCUCCCAGCAUUGAGACCACCCAGCCAAGCGAGGACACUAAUGCCAACAGCCAGGACCACAAUACGCAACCUGAGACAAGCAGUCAGCAGCAACUCUUGAGCCCUACUCUGUCAGACAGAGGAGGAAGUCGACAGGAUGCGGCAGAUCCUGGAAAACCCCAAAGGAAGUUUGGACAAUGGCGUCUGCCCUCAGCUGCCAUCCCUGAGAAGACGGCACCUGUUAACAAAAUGAGAUGUUACAGCCAAGAUCCAGAAAGAGAGGAGGAAGAGGUUUCCAAGGGCUUCCUGGCUCCCAAACCAAUAAGCCAUUCGGUGUCUUCAGUUAACCUACGGUUUGGAGGAAGGACAGCCAUGAAGUCUGUGGUGUGCAAGAUGAACCCCAUGCCAGACACAGCUUCCUGUGGCUCUGAGGUUAAAAAGUGGUGGACCAGACAGCUGACUGUGGAGAGUGAUGAGAGUGGAGAUGACCUUCUGGAUAUUUAGACAGGAACCAAGACAAAGGAAGUCACAGGGUGAAAACUGUCUAAUAGCUUCCUACAUCAUCCAAAGGGCAAUCUGUAAUUGCUAUAAACUGAAUUUCACCUUGGUAUGGGAUUUUCUAAAUUGAUUUUUGUCCAUUUGUAGGAAUGGUCUAUCAAAACAGUAUGUAUUGUGGAUUACUACCAUGUAUUAAAGACUAUUUGGGGCUAGGGAUAUAGUUCAGUGAAAGAUCACUUAUCCAACAUGUGCGAAGCCCUGUGUUUGAAUCAUAGAAACACAAGAAAAGAAAGAAAAUGUAUAUAAUGUCACUAUUGCUAAUAUUAGAAGCUGCAUCAGUAGUAGCUGUAAAUCAAACAUUCAUAUAUAUUCUGUCUGUGUAAGCUAAGAUGUAGUCAUCUGCUCUCUUGUAUGUUAUCACGGCCUCUCCCAAAGAGUGCUAAGCCCAAAGUGGCCCAUAUUCAUAGUACACGAGUUAUAGUCUAGUUCAUUUUUCCCCAUUUCCAAUAGAAGUAUUUCCCUUGGGAGAAAUUAUUUAUGAUUGAUCUGAAAAGGUCAGCACUGAGCUCAUGCUAAAAUAUAACAGCUUUAAAACUACAGAUUCUGAAUUUUUGAAAGCAUAUUCUUUUUCUCAUGUUAUUUUUAAAAAUAUGCAUGAAGUGUUCAGAAAUCAGAGAAAUUUGAUUUCUGUCUUUGAGUACUCUAAUGAAAGUGUUGCCUGCUUCCAAGAAAGUUGUGUGUUCAGGUCCCAAGUAAAGGAUCUGGCCCCAGACACUAACUGAUAUAAAACAAAUCAGUAGGCAGAUCACUUCAGGGACAUGGGGAGAUAAAAAUUAUUUGAAAUCUUGAAAAAUCCUUUGAAUAACUGAGUUUAGAAAACAGAAUAAAAGUGUUAGACUCAAUUUAGUUAAAAGGUUUACAUUUGAAAGGUUAUCAUGAACUUCAUGGUUUAUCUUUGCUGCAGCCAUUUAGCUAUGAAUCAACUGGACAUUAUGGGUUGGCUCGAAUACAUGGUUGCUGUGCUAGUUUCAAAAUAAUUUCCUUGCUGCCAGAAUCAUGUAUAGAAAUGAUAGAAGGGUGAAAGAACAUCACUCUGAACCCAAUUUGGGAGUACCAUACUUAAUUGUAUUUUUCCCACACAUCAAUGGUCCAUGUCCUCGGGGUAAAUUAGAAAUACAAAAUGACUGGGAAGUACUGGUAGACCCUGGACUGGGCCUCCCCAAGUUGUCAUUGUCAAUUGCAGAUUUGAUGUUCAGAUUAUUUUAAGAGAUUGAGUAUGUAAAAGUUCUCUGACUCCUGGGUUGCUUUAUGAUAUCCCUUUCUCCAUUUAACAUUCUUCAAAUAGCCAAACAUCACAUCCUUUCUAUAUAAAAGAUAUGAUAUUUUGUGACCAUCUAUCGCUUAUAUAGUUACUUGUACCAAUGAGAUAAUAGGCAAUUCAAGUUUGUGCAUCCAGGGGGAUUUUUAUUUGGUUUUAUGUUCACUUGGAAUUUGAGUUUUGUAUAUAAAAACAAAAUAAAUAUUGUAUUUGUAAAAGAA